AGUUAAAGGAAAUAACAUAUUAAAAGGUUGCGUUUGGAUGAAAUGAUGGGAAGGGAAAUAGAAGGAGAGAUGGAAGAAGAGUUUUCAAAACAAAAGCUAGAACUCGACGGUUACAAUGAUAACGGAGAUUCUAAGUUAUCUUGGUGGAAAAGGAAACUAACACUACUCAGUCUCGAUUCAUCAACUAGAAAUGGUGAGAGAUCGAGAGAUGCAGAGAAGAACAAUAGCGCAAACUUCAGAUCUCUAAGUCAAAUUGUCAUUCAUCCUCACGACUGGCGAUACGUUCUUUGGACGCAUUUCAUUUUGGUAUGGGCUGUGUACUCUUCCUUCUUUACGCCAUUGGAAUUCGGAUUCUUCAGGGGUCUCCCCAAGAAUCUCUUCCUCCUCGACGUUGCCGGCCAGAUCGCCUUUCUCAUCGAUAUCGCUGUUCACUUUUGUGUUGCCUAUCGCGAUUCCCAUUCUUACCGCUUUGUCUACGACCGUAAUCUCAUCGCUAUCAGAUAUUUGAAGUCUCGAUUUGUGGUUGACUUAAUGGGUUGUAUGCCCUGGGACGCCAUCUACAAGGCUUCUGGUAAGAAGGAGCUUGUGAGAUAUUUACUAUGGAUUCGGCUAAGUCGAGCCUUAAGAGUUACUGAAUUCUUUGAGAAAUUGGAGAAGGAUAUACGAAUAAAUUACCUUGGUACAAGAAUUGCGAAGCUUUUUGUUGUGGAGCUUUAUUGUACUCAUACAGCUGCCUGUAUUUUCUACUAUCUUGCUACUACUCUACCUCCGUCAAAAGAAGGGUACACCUGGAUAGGAAGCCUAAAGUUGGGGGACUAUAGCUAUUCAAACUUUAGAGAAAUUGAUCUUUGGAAGCGUUACAUCACAUCAUUAUAUUUUGCUGUUGUAACUAUGGCAACUGUUGGUUAUGGUGACAUGCAUGCCGUCAAUGUCAGGGAAAUGAUUUUUAUCAUGAUUUUUAUCUCCUUUGAUAUGAUUCUUGGUUCUUAUUUGCUUGGUAACAUGGCAGCAUUGAUAGUAAAAGGAUCAAAAACAGAAAAGUUUAGAGAUAAAAUGAAGGACGUUAUUAAAUACGUGAAUAAAAAUAAGCUCAAUAGGAAAUUAAGUAAAGACAUCAAAGAUCAUCUUCAAUUACAGUACUGCCACUCCUCUGAGUUUGGUGUUCUUCAAGAUAUUCCAGCUUCAAUUCGUGCCAAGAUAUCACAGAAAUUGUACGAGCCAUACAUUAAGGAAGUCUCUCUUUUCAAAGGUUGCUCUCAGGGAUUCAUAAAACGAAUUGCAACCAAAGUUCGUGAAGAGGCUUUUUUCCCUGGACAAAUGAUUAUUGAACGUGAAAACUUAGUUGACCAACUCUAUGUUGUAUGUCAUGGUGAAUUGACUUAUUCACAGGAGGAAGUUGAAAACUGGGAUACUGAAGAUGAAGAGUUAAUUAGGUGUCUUGGAACAUAUAGCUCAUUUGGCGAAAUUUCUUUCCUUUGCAAUUCUCCUCAUCCUUACCAUGUUCGGGUUCGUGAGUUUUCCAAGAUCUUGCAACUCGAUAAACUAUCAUUUAAAGAAACCUUGGAAUUACACUUUUUAGAUGGACAGAUCAUCUUAGACAAUGCCCUUGAGGGAAAGGAUUCCAACCAACAAGAUCAAAUUUUGGAAUCUGACAUAAUUCUUUACAUUCAAAAGCGUGAACUUGAGUUAGCCAUUAAGGUCAACUGUGCUGCUCAUGAUGGGGAUCUAAAUCAACUCAAACGGUUGAUUAAAGCAGGAGCAGAUCCCAAUAAAACAGAUUAUGAUGGAAGAUCGCCUCUGCAUUUUGCUGCAUCGAAAGGAUAUGAAGCUAUUGCUUGUUUUCUUAUUGAACAAGGAGCACAAGUUAAUGUUCCAGAUAAGUUUGGGAACAUGCCUUUACUUGAAGCCAUUCAGAAUGGACAUGAGCAAGUAGCUUCUUUACUUGCCAAAGCUGGAGCAACCAUUGUUGCUAAUGAUGCUGGUGGACUUCUUUGUUCUACUGUCGCAAGAAGGGAUUUGGGCUUUCUGAAAGGGCUUCUGGCUAAUGGCAUUGAUCCAAAUGCUAGAAACUAUGAUCAACGGACUCCACUUCACAUAGCUGUCUCAGAAGGUUUGUAUCCUUUUGCAGAGGUCCUAUUAAAUGCUGGAGCCAGUGUUUUUGCAACGGACAGAUGGGGAAAUACUCCGCUUGAUGAAGCUCGUACCAGAGGAAAUAAGAAUUUGAUCAGGCUACUUGAAGUUGCAAAAAUUUUUCAGUCAUCUGGAAACAACUCUGAUAUAUCCGAAGAGAUUGAAGGUACUAGUUGAUCAUUUGUAAGUAUAAAAUGGAUGCGGUAAAAUCACUUAAAUCUUUACUUAUCCCAAGACAAAUAUUUUGGUGAUAAUGUUUUACCUUUUUUUUGUUUGAUUGUUCAUGCUCCUUUUAUUUUAUGCAUUCAAAUGCGCUGUU